AUGACAGAAACGGAGUAUGAUCGUCUGCCGCCAUUGUUCAAGUUGGACGAGUUCUACCCGUGCCUGCGCGCGCCAGGUGACCGCUACUGCUACGUCACCGCCAGGCUGACUGCCAACGCCAGUAGCGAACUGCUUCAUAUCAUACAAGAAUAUUCAGCAAACAACAUCACACAUUACGACCACAAUUUAAUCCAUUGGGGCAUCUGCGUGACGAAGACAUGUCGGCAGUACCUCGGCAACCACACAGUCCACGAGACCCUCGAGGCCUGCAUCAACUCCUCGCUCCAGCAGACCCACCAGCUCCAAGCGCGGCUGGUGGAAGACCAGGUCUACUGCACCGAGUUCGGGGAAACCAUCCCCAUAGACACCGGGGACAUCAUUGUAGCUACAGUUUUAAUUGCGAUCCUUGCUCUAAAUCUUCUUGGGAGUCUUUACGAUUUCUGUUUUGUCCCGGAGAAGUCUGUAGGUAAAUUUGGAAGAGUCCUGCUAUGUUUUUCGGUGAAACGCAACUGGAAACGUCUGUCUUCACCGUCGGGGGAAGGCCCGGAGCCGCGGCUACGGCGGCUCAAGAUGUUUAACGGUGUCAAAUCAUUCACGACGUUCCUUGUAGUGAUGGGACACUCGCCGAUGGCGGCACUCAUUACCUCAAAUAACACACAUUUCAUAGAAUUGACGUACUACAAUCCACUAUACCACAUAUUCCACAACGGGAACCUGAUCGUGCAGAGUUUCUUCAUGACCUCGGGCUUCUUGCUCGCUUUCAACCUGCUGGUGGUGGAGGAGAAGGUUAAACUGACGUGGAUCAAGUUCCCUAAGUGGACCAUGUUGAGGUGGAUGAGAUUGACCCCACCCUACGCUGCAGUGCUAGCCGUGGUAGCUACUUGGAUGAGACGUUUCGGGAACGGCCCCAUGUGGCAGACAGCUGUAGGCGUGGAAGUGGAUGCUUGCCGUCGGGACUGGUACUACCACUUGCUGUACUUGAACGACUACGUGGACUACUCGCAAUGCAUGUCACACACGUGGUACCUGGCAGCCGAUUUCCAACUAACCAUUCUUGGCCUCCUCCUCUUCUGCGGCCUGCGAAGUUGGCGCGCCAGGAAGAUCGCCAUUGCCGUGACGUUCGCAGUGGGUGUUGUCACGCCCGCGGCCCAGACAUACUUCCAAAAUCUGAGUCCUAUACUUAUACUUGCGCCUGAAGUCGCUCGCCGCUAUUUCGUUGAAGACCCUACGUUCAACAACCUAUACAAACGUGGCCACACCAACAUCGUCUGCUACGCCAUGGGCCUGGCGCUCGGCAUGUGGGUCUACAAGCUGAUGAAUACCAACUUUGACGUCACCAAAUAUCAGAAAUACCGCAUCGUCUACUGGUCCACGUUCCCCGCGGGGGUCCUGCUCAUCAUCUGCGGGGGCGUCUUCUACAUCGACGGCAUCCAGGUCCCGCUGGCCGUGCGCGUCGUGCACGCGCCCAUCGUCAAGAUCCUGUUCGGAAUUAUUGGAUUCAUCCUGACGUUGGGCACAAUUUUCAAAUUGGAAACGGUGUACCGUGGCCUGCUGGAAUGGCGCGGCUGGGCUGUGUUCGGCCGCGUGUCCUACUGCGCCUACUUAGUCCACGUGUCCGUGAUACGGUAUAGCGCGGCCAACCACACAUCUCUGCUGCACUCCAACUUCUUCCAAAUUCUCUUGACUUACUUCGGUCUGCUGGUGACAACCUUCGUGGUGGCGUUCCCGUGCUGGAUGAUGAUCGAGGCUCCCUUCAACCAGCUGGUGAGGGUCUGCUUCUAUCCCGCGCCGAAGGAUCAGAAAGAGGACAAGGAGACGGAACCGUUAGGGACAGCGCAUGUUGUGCUUAAUAUGAACAACAAAUAGAUGGUUUUGCAAACAUCUUUGCAAAUAGAUGGUUUUGCAAACAUCUUUAUUUACAUCUUUGCAAAAGUCACUAAGUUCUACCACAAGUUCAUAGCCAUAGUGAACCAUCUUAGUACUAUAAGAAGGUCGAUUUUUGUUUAAGUACAUUUUUUUAGUAAUUAGUGACUUUUGCUUGUCACCUGAAGCUUUAGAAAUGUGAGGUACAGGCAAAAGGGUUUACAGUUUUACCUUACUCUGAGACUUGUCAGAUAAGUUUUUUUUCUGAUAAUCAGAAAAAUAUAGUGAUAUUUUUAGUUUUCUGUUUAGUAGGUACAAUUUAUUGUAUAUAAAUAUU